UAUAUAUUUUUAAAUAAUUGAAUAUUAUUUCAACUUGUGAUAAUAUUUAGUAAUGCUCAGUAUCGGAUACGACGAGCUUUAAGCCUAUAGAGGAUAUUGUAUUACUUACUGAUUAGUGAUUAACUUAAAAGAUUGGAUUGUUAUUCUGAACGUGCUUAGGUAGAUUUUUGUACUUUUUGUACAAAAUAUAUUAUAUUGAUUCAAAGGAUUUGAAAAUGGCCAAAAAAAUUUUAAUUAUUCGCCAUACCAAAGCGACUUUGGCUAGGAUUAAUAAAUUCAAGAAACCUCAGGGGGAGCCCAAUCCUCAGCCACCCCUAACAGCACGAUCUUCGAUUGAACGACCUAUUACGGAACGCUCGCUUCCUCCAAGGUCUCUAACGGAACGAUCGCUUCCUGGAAGAAAACUCACUGCUCGACCCCCUCUGUCUCAGAGCUCCUUGGUGAUUCAGCCAAGGACUUCCAAUUCUGUACCGACAGUCCCGCCCAAAAAACGCAAUGCUCCAAUUAUUAUUCAAACAAAAUCUACCAUUGGCCGGGCCAAUCGGUUUAAGGCUCCAGAGCAGCCACCACAGAGGUCUCAAUCAACCAAUAAUCGUGGAAUGAGGCCGAGGAUCAUACAAGCUGAUAAGAUUCCGGUUACAUCACAGUUGCUUCCAAAAAUGAGUUCCUUGCGCUUAAAUCUAUCGGUUGGCAGCAAUCUGUCGGUUGGCACCGAGAAUUCGGAAGUGAAAUCGCAAUCAAAAAGGAGCAAGGAGCCUAUAAAAGUUAGGCAGAAUCGGUCAUCUAUAGUACGAGCAAAUAGAUUGAAUUCUACUGAAGAGCAAGCUAGGGCUACAAGGAACGCUAGAAGGGGGUCACAGAGCCAACGUUCUCGUCGACAGAGAAGCCCAAGUCCGGAGGACGAACAAGUCGUCACCGUUAGUCCUCGAUUAACGAGAUCGUUAACUUAUGACAAAUUACCAUCACGUCGGGCUGGCAAUAAAAUAAUCGAAGAGGCUCUUCGAAGACUCCAAGAACCGGAAGCUCUGCCAGAUACACCACGAGAGGAAAAAACGCCCAAUAGUGAGGAAGGUGUUCCAGAUACACCACGAGAGGAAGAGGCGAUAAAUAAUAAGGAAGAUAAAAUGUCUAUCCAGGAAGACCAGCAAGCUGUUCCAGAUACACCACGAGAGGAAGAGGUGCCCAAUAGUGAAGAAGAUACAAUGGCUAUCCAGGAAGACCAGGAAGCUGUUCCAGAUGCACCACGAGAGGAAGAGGUGCCCAAUAGUGAGGAAGGAAGAGAGGAAGAGGCGAUCACCGAAAAAUAUUUGGUGAGACGUUACACCGAAUACCAAGAAACUUUUCCAUAUACUGAACGAGAGGGAGAUGGGCCCAGUAUUUCUGAUUUCUUUGCCACGAUAACCGAAAGUGAGAGAGAGAAAAUUGAAUCCUUCUUGAGGAGAAUUCAAUUAAGCCAAUGGGAGGAAGCUGUUCCAGAUGCAUCAGAGGAAGAGCCGCCCAAUAGUGAGGAUGAUACCGAUUUGAUCGUUAUCGAUUUGAAUGAACAUCGGUUGCAUAACAGGAAUCCUGUCACAACGCCAGACGCUAACAACGCUGUAUCCAAGCUCUCUGAUAGCGAUGACAAGCGUAAUUGUCCUAAAAAUGACGAUAAUUGUGAAUUAUUAUGCGGCGAAAGCAGCGUGGAGCGUAAUUGUUCCAAAGAGGCCGAUAAUUUUUUUUGUGAAUCCUCAACCAGUGAAGUUACUGAAGAAGAAUUUUCCAAGAAGAAGAAUGAUGAUAACAGCUCAAAUAGCAGCCCCUAA